AUGCACCGGAGGGUUCCUGGUGCUAUCCCGGGAGGGGGAGUCCCAGGAGGAGGCUUUUUCCCAGGUGCUGGAGUUGGAGGUUUGGGAGCAGGACUCGGGGCUGCAGGAAAACCUCCCAAACCAGGCCUCGGAGGACUUGGGGGACUCGGCCCCCUUGGCCUGCAGCCAGGUGCGGGUCUGUUCCCCGGAGCUGGCUUCCCCGGGGCUGCGUUCCCCGGAGCCGCCUCGGCCGCGGCGCUCAAGGCUGCUGCAAAAGCUGGUGCUGGGAUUCCUGGAGCUUUUCCGGGCGGCGUGCUCCCUGGCGCAGGUGUUCGCUUCCCUGGCGUAGGGGUGCUGCCCGGAGUCCCCACUGGAGCUGGAGUCAAGCCUAAAGCCCCAGGAGCUGGAGCCUUUGGAGGAAUCCCUGGACUGGGAGGUUUUGGAGGUCAGCAGCCCGGUGUCCCUCUGGGGUAUCCCAUCAAAGCUCCUAAGCUGCCAGGUGGCUAUGGACUGCCCUACACCAAUGGCCUCAGGCCCGGCGGGAUAGGAGCCGGGCUCCUGGCAGGGAAGGCAGGAUACCCCACCGGGACAGGUGUCGGAGCACAGGCGGCAGCAGCGAAGGCAGCAGCAAAACUCGUUGGGGGACCGGCAGCGGCGGCAGCGGCGGCAAAGGCAGCGGCAAAGGCAGGAGCUUUCGGUCCAGGGGCCGUGCCCGGAGUCGGAGGUGUCCCUGGCUUGGUUCCUGGCGUUGGAGGUGUCCCCGGGGCGGUGCCUGGUGUCGGAGGUGUCCCCGGGGUGGCAGGAGUGCCAUCGGCAGCAGCAGCAGCAAAGGCAGCUAAGUAUGGAGCUGGUGUUCCUGGCAUUGCUGGCGUUCCUGGUGUUCCUGGAGUUCCUGGCGUUCCUGGUGUUCCUGGUGUUCCUGGUGUUCCUGGAGUUCCUGGCGUGCCUGGGGUUCCUGGUGCUGUGCCCGGUGUUGGAGUGGGUGGCCCGGCAGCGGCGGCUGCAGCCAAGGCUGCGGCAAAAGCAGCGGCGAUCGGAGCAGGACGCGUGCCCGGCGUUGGCGUGCCCGGCGUUGGCGUGCCCGGCGUGCGUGUGCCUGGAGUGGGUGUGCCUGGAGUGGGUGUGCCUGGUGCCGGCGUGCCCGGUUUGGUGCCCGGGAUCGGUGUUCCAGGAGGUCCGGCAGCCGCUGCCAAAGCAGCCGCCAAAGCAGCCAAGUACGGAGCAGGUGGCCUGGCUCCCGGCGUGGGUGGCCUGGUUCCUGGAGUAGGUGGCCUGGUUCCCGGUGUUGGAGGUGUCCCAGGUGUUGGAGGUCCAGCAGCAGCAGCCAAAGCAGCAGCCAAGGCAGCCAAAUUUGGUGCUGGGGUUGGAGGGGUGCCCGGUGUGGGCGGAGUGCCCGGAGUGACCCCCGGCGUUGGUGGCGUGCCCGGCUUGGUGCCAGGGGUGGGAGUACCUGGAACUGGAAUCCUUCCCGGGGCAGGCAUCCCCCAAGUAGGGGUGCAGCCUGGUGCUAAACCUCCCAAAUUCGUGGCCCUGCAGCUGCGGAGGAAGUGGGAGAAGCAGCUUGCCCAGAGAGCUGUGGAGUGGGUGAGCACUGGCUGUGGCCCAGGGUGA